GGGACGCUUUGUCGAUCUUUCCCUUCUUCGUUUAUCCGCCGGCUUUUGGUCGACGAGCUGCGCAACCCUCUUGUGAUCGAUCCAAUGGCGGAAGAUCUGAUGCUCGACACCGCUAUAAGGGAUUGGGUCCUAGUUCCUCUAUCGGUGGUUAUGGUCCUUAUCGGUGUGCUCCGCUAUUUCGUUUCCAAGCUUUUGCGAUCUUCCCAGGCUCCCGACGCGAAAGUCGUCAGAGAAGGGCAGUUGAUUCUUAGGGCAAGGAACCUCAGAGCAGCAGGGGGUUUUAUUCCCGUAAAGCCGUUCCGUGCUCGGAAAUUUUACUAUACCAACGAGGAAAAUGGGCUUCUACAUGUCUCAAAAGGCCAAGCUCAGAAUCCUCAAGCACAAAUGUUUUCCGAUCCAAACAUGGCUAUGGAUAUGAUGAAGAAGAACCUUUCAAUGAUCAUUCCACAGUCACUUACUUUUGCAUGGGUGAAUUUUUUCUUCUCUGGUUUUGUGGCAGCAAAAUUACCUUUCCCCCUGACCCCAAGAUUCAGAUCAAUGCUGCAAAAUGGGAUCGACCUAAGCACCGUAGAUGUGAGCUAUGUUAGCGGUCGCUCAUGGUAUUUCUUGAAUUUGUUUGGAUUGAGGGGUCUGUUCAGCCUAAUUCUGGGAGAAGAAAAUGCUAUGGAUGAUACACAACGAAUGAUGCAGAUGGGUGGUGGAUUUGGUGUUGACCCCACAAAGAAUUUGGGUGCGGAGAAAGACGGCAUUGACAUUAUUCAACAUGAAUGGGCCCUCCCCAAAAUGGAGCAAAAGGCAGAAAUUGUCUUGAGAGAGUUAGUCAAAUAACUUGUUUUUAUAAUCUUUGAGCUCUUCUCCUCCUCAUUUUACAAGUAUCAGUGUGUUCUUAUGUUCAUACUCAGCAGCUUUCCAGAAAUUGAUUGCUUUUCCAAAUCUUAAUGCGUUAAAAAGGCAAGGCAAUGAAUUUUUAGAAUAUAUUUCCAUAAAACUUUGCUUUUAUUUAUUGAGAUGCUUAAUCAGACACAGACAAAUGUUCACAAUAUUGCCUGAUUACAUCGAAAUUUUCUAUCA